AAUUCUCUCAUGUUGUCUGCCACCAACUGUCUCUCCUUCUCCUCCUCCCCUUGGGAAUCGUAUACGAUCAACUAUGCCUCUCCAGCUCUUUAAGCAACAAAUCUAAUAAAAGUCGGAAACUCAUCUUUUGCACAACUCUUUUGAGCAAGUGACUACCAGCAAUCAUGGAUCCAAUGACAAGAAACACGUUGAUGGGCGUGAAACCUAAACAGCGGUUAACAAAGGAUGUCACAUUUACUUUGUUUCUCUCAGUCUUUACUGCAGUUUUGGGUUUUUUCCAAUAUGGCUACUGUAUUGGAGUCAUCAACGCUCCUCAACAGAUCAUAAUGACGCACUAUGCAAAGGUCCUGGACAUUGAAAGUACUAAAAAUUCCACUGGCAGUUUUUUAAUUGAAGAAGUAUUGAAAGAUCCAACGCUCAUGAUGCUUUGGUCCUUGUCUGUCUCUAUGUUUGCUGUUGGCGGGAUGAUUUCCUCCUUCACUGUUGGCUGGAUUGGGGAAAACAUGCCACGAGUGAGAGCCAUGCUACUGGUGAAUGUUUUUGCAAUCUCUGGGAAUAUAAUUUUUGUAAUGGCAAAAAGUGGCCCUUCUCACAUCCUGGUAAUUAUUGGAAGAGUCUUAACAGGCUUGCAUGGUGGACUCUCAUCUGGACUUGCUCCAUUGUAUGUUGGAGAAAUAGCUCCAACUGCUCUCCGUGGAGCUCUGGGCACCCUGAAUCAGCUGGCUAUUGUUAUAGGUAUUCUCAUCAGCCAGGUUUUGGGACUGGAUAUUUUGUUGGGCACAUCAAAAUGUUGGCCAUUACUUCUGUCCCUGUCAGGUGGUGCUGCUGUCUUACAGAUUUUUCUGCUCCUAAUUUGUCCAGAAAGUCCCAGAUACAUGUACAUAAAAUGUGGAGAUGUUGAAGGAGCCCAAAAAAAUUUACUAAAACUGAGAGGACAAAACUAUGAUCCCACCAAAGAAAUUGAGGAAAUGGAGAAAGAGAAAGAAGAAUUGUCAAAAGAAAAACCUGUCUCCAUUUGGCAGCUGGCUACAACUGAGACUUACCGCCAGCCAUUCAUAGUGGCCAUAGGCGUUCAUAUUGCUCAACAGUUUUCUGGAAUUAAUGCUAUUUUCUACUACUCUACUGACAUUUUCAACAAAGCUCAUGUUAAGAAGCCUAUUUAUGCAACCAUAGGUGUCGGCUUUGUGAAUACGGUGUUCACCGUUGUUGCUCUUUUCCUGGUGGAGAAAGCAGGGAGACGUAUCCUCUUUAUGGCCGGUCUGUUAGGCAUGAUGGUGUGUACCAUAACAAUGACUCUUGGGCUCCUACUUCAGCCCAAGAUUGAGUGGAUGAGCUAUGUCAGCCUGGUUUCCGUCUUCCUCUUUGUGUCCUUUUUUGAAAUUGGACCAGGUCCGAUUCCCUGGUUCAUUGUUGCAGAGUUAUUCAGCCAAGGUCCUCGCCCAGCAGCUGUUGCGAUUGCUGGAUUUUGCAACUGGGUCACCAAUUUCUGCAUUGGAAUGUUCUUCCCAUACCUGGCUAAACUAUUGGGUUCCUACGUCUUUCUGGUCUUUGCGGCCCUCCUCGUCAUUUUCGUCUUAUUUGUUUACUUGAAAGUGCCAGAAACCAAAGGCAAAACCUUUGAAGAGAUUGCAGAAGAAUUCCGCCGCCGAAGCAAGAAAGAUGUCGGGGGACCAACUGAAAUGGAGUAUUUGGGAGCCAACCAAGAGGCUUAGAAGCAUCGCCGCAAGAGGAAGGUUUGGAGUCAAUCCAGUUAUAAACUCUGGAGAAACAGGUUUAAGAAAAUAUAAAUGCCUGGAAAGUUA